CCCUACAGGUGCUGCCGAUACAAAGGCCUGACCCAGAAGAAAUUCUGCGUCACCUGUACCAUCAAGAUCAAGAUCAAGACCACUCAGUCUUUCAAGACCCUCAACCUCACCAAGACCUUCCUACAUUAAAUAAAUCAACUUCACCGCAUAUAGUCUGAACACAUCACCACCGCAUACCGCACCUUUGGGGCACUAGAGCCAGUGACACACAGCCUGCACAGCCCCAACAAACUCCCAAGAAGAAGACCUGUUUGUUAUUCAGGAAUUCGCUCUCAAUAAUAGCUUCCUUUUACGUAUCUUCUGUUUGAAAGACUGCUCAAUGAACUGUAGUAUUUUUAAUGAAUGUGUCUGUGAUGAAUAGAAAGUCUGUCACCUUCAUACCAGGAAUUUUCAGAGCACAGCAUGUUGAUGACAAUAUUCAGAAAGAUGAACCAUUUGUUUCUGAAGAAUCACUGCAACAGUAUUGCAGCCUCUUUGCUGUUGAUGGUGUCCCCAGUAAUAUUAGGGAGGAUCCAUAUCUAGCUGAAAUAAUAAAGUUUUCUGAUGAAGAUUUAGACAAUAUAGCACAGGUUCAGAAUCAACGACAAGAACGACAAAGGGAAGAAGAAAAGGAAAUAGAAGAAAAGGAAAAGGCAGAAAAAAAGGCUAAUAGCAAGGUGGAUCAGAUUUUCAAGGAGAAAGCCUUCUACUUAAAAAAGCAGUGCCCUGUAAAAAUACCAUACAAGUCAUCAUUAACGCACGAGGAACACGCUGCCUACCUGCAAGUAUUUCUCCGCCUCAAAAAAAAAUCAACCACGAGUGGAGCAGAAAUACCAGGAUAUGAUAAUUUUCUGAGGCUUCAAAACCGUGUUUUUGAAGAACAAGUAAAUUUUAUGAAGUUUUCACAUCAGGUUGCAGUACUUGAGCUUCAGGCAUACAAUACCAUCCCAGGAGUUAUCAACAAAUACAUUGAUGAAUAUUUUCAGCAUCGCUGCAAGAGAGCAUCCAAGUAUAAGGAGCAUUACACCACAGAACAGCAGAUACCCAUUUGUCCGCUGGAUCAUGAAAAAAACUUUGGCAAAUUGUCUUUUACACACAUUGGUCAUCUCUUGAGUUUGGGAACCUUACCCUUAAUAAUGAUUCCACACAAGUUGGGGUCAUAUACUCUCAAGAUUGAUGAGACUGUAUCUGAGAGAGAAUGUAGAGCACAAAGGAUGGUUCAGGACAGGAAUGUACUGAAUGACACCCCAGUGAGUGCUGAUCGCAAUGCAGAGUACCUGGCUCAGCAGCACCGGGCAAAUAUUGUAAUAUCAACUAGUGCUUUGAAAGUUCUUGCUGAUAAUCAUGGUCCAAAUUUUGAUAAAGAAUGGGAUAUACCUGUGGAGGUGAAGUCAUACAUGAUAAAAGAUUUUUCUCUCCAAGCAGAUCCUGAUGGAAACCAGACCCAACACAGAGUGGUAUAUAUUGACAAACCAAUGCCCAAGAAGAUCUGGACACCAUUAGAGAAGAAGCAGUUGUUUUUUAAGAAAGCAAGCUUGUCACAUUUUACCAAAAUCAUGCGUAACAAAAUGUUCAGAAUGGCAGCUCCAGCUGUUUUCCGGUACUCGGAGACCAAUAUAAAUGACUAUGAUGCUACAUCAAGAACUGUUGCUGAGUAUGAUGAUCCCUUUUUGGAUCUUACUGAUGCAACUGACAAUGAUGUCUUUGGAAGUGAAUCUUUAGAAAAGAGGAAAAAAGAAACAUAUUCAAAGAAAAGAAAAGCAAAUAAUAAAACAGUCAAUAAAUCUCCAGUUUCUGCAAAAUUGUCAAGAUUAGAGACAGAUAAGCUACCAGUUCCUGAAGGCAAAAUACAAGAGGAUGGAAAUCCAAAAGUAAACUCUCAAGAUGACACAGAGCAAGAAACUUUUGAUGAAAGUAAUUCAAAGCAUUUUUUGGACAGUUUAUUGAGCUUACAAAAUUCUUUGUUGAAACCUUCACACACUCCAGCAGGCAAUGAAACUGAAGCUCAGAAGGAUAAAACAUCCAAACCAAACAGAUCUCAACCAAGACCUUGGACUAAUAAACUAACCACAAAUUGGAUGAAUGCUUUUGAACCACACUUAUGUCCUGGUUGGACUGGUAAGAAUGUGCACUAUCAACUUUUCUCCUUGGGUCCAGAUGCUGGUCAUUCCAAUACUCCCUUACGCAUCCUUGUGAGAAGUAACCUUCAUGGUCUUUCUCACUUUAAAAAAGAGCCAAAGAAGUGCAAAACAUAUGUUACUUCCACAAAGAUUGAAAACCAACCAUAUUUUGGAUGUGAAGUAAGCACAUUAUCUGAAAUCACUCAGCAGUGGAUUCAACUUUUGGUUCGACCAAAUACAUCUCUCCUUCUUUUUCGAGUGUGUAACAACUCAGGUGAGAUUCUCAUGACUGAAGAGAGAGGUUUGUCAGAGAUCUUGAAGGAUGGGAAACAAUCCCAUGUUGUAUUUUGUUCUUCUCAGCCUUUAGCAACCUUUUAUGCAGUAUUUUCUACAGUACUUCGACAGCCAACAGGUCAUUACCUCCUCCAUCAUGACCCUAACACUGAAGCUUUCAUUCAUUUGAUGAAAGCAGUUGAUCCUGACAAAGAAACAUAUUUGCAGGUGUAUAAUCUCCACAAGGCAUAUACAACAGUUUCAGUCAGUACAAAAAAGUAUACUGCACCUCCUUGGGCAUCAAUAGACACACACAUUCUUACACCAUUUCAUAUGAAGCACAUGAAAAUUCCAGCAACUUUUCCCAUGGACAAUCCUAAAAAAAAACUGACCAAGGCAGAAAAGAAGAAAGUUCAAUCAAGAGCCAAAAGCAAGAAAAGUCUGCAAGAUUUGUAUACUGAAAAAGAAGAACUUAGUGCAUUUUGAAGACAAACAUCAAUCAGAAGUGAGUAAAGUUUGAAUAUAUCACUGAUACAUACAGAAUAUUUUGUUAGAGAGAGAGAGAGGGAGGGGCUGCAUUUUCCUGAGCUCUACAUGAAUCAGUUAAUUUAAAGCUCAUUCAGUGAUUUUCUGAUGGUUGAGUGUCAUCAACUUGUUAUGAAGUAUUCUCUCAUAACUUGGACACUGCUAUGAUAAAUAUAUUACAUUUAUUUAUUUAAUUUUAUUCCCUUAAUGGCUCAGAAAUGAAUGAUUUGCUGUGACUUCAGUAAUGCAGGAAACAAUUUAGGAUGUAUUUAUUGGUAUUUAUUGUUAUUGUUUAUUGAUUUUUUUUUAGUAUCAUGUGUCUUUGAACUGACAGCAUUCUUAUAGAUAUCUUUCAGUACUGUAUAUUCAUGUUUAUUUUUUUGAGAACUGAUAGUUUAAAUGUAUAUUACUGUAAAUGUAAAUAAAUAAAACAAACAAA